GAGCAAUAAAGGAGGCGGUGCUGGUGAAAUACAACUACGAAACAAGCAGGAGUCCUCAUGAGUGUCUUGAUGUAAUGUAGUGAGUUGGCUAGCCUAUUAGCGACGUAGCUGAAAAUUCGACAAAUAUUUUCGUUAACUAUUGUGGAGAAAUAUCUGGUCGUCUUACAGAAAUUUCCAACGAUGCCAGAGCCUGCAGAGAUGAACAGUCCUGAGAUGGCAAAAACACCCGGCGGCAGCAAUGUCUCCGUGAAAGAGGAUACGGUGGCCAACGGGCACAAGGAGGGCGAGGGGGGCAACCCCUUUGCUGAGUACAUGUGGAUGGAGAAUGAGGAGGAUUACAACAGACAGGUGGAGGAGGAGCUCCUGGAGCAGGAGUUCUUGGAACGCUGUUUCCAGGAAAUGCUGGAAGAGGAAGAUCAGGAUUGGUUCAUUCCUGCCAGAGACCUCGCCCCGGGGGUGGGACAGAUUCAGCAGCAGCUAAACGGGCUAUCGGUCUCCGGAGGCAACGCCGACGACAUCGCGCGCAAGAGCAGCUUGAACCCAGAGGCAAAGGAAUUUGUGCCAGGAAUGAAAUACUAGGGUCCUCCCACCAGUAGAGGGAUCCCUCAUAGACUCUUUGUGACUGCUGGCUUCCCAGCAGGCACCCUUACACUCUCCUGCUAUGGGGCUGUGUGGGGUACAUGGGGCGGGACGGGGGUUUUG